AUGACCAAGAUCUCAGCCUCUGGAACCAGUAAGCCUAGGCAAAGCCUGCGGAUCUUUGCUGUGAUCCUGGCCGUCAUGCCAAUAUCAUUCUUUGGAGAUUUAUGGGAAACCUACGGUUGGGCAUACUAUAUUAUCGUUGGCAUCCCAGGAACCUGGGCCCUGAUCAACACUAUCCCAAUUGCCCUUGGGUGGCCUCUCCAUCCCGGCGCCGAGAUUGCUCUGGAUUGCGUCUUCAAGGUUGAUCUGUGGUUUUUUGGUAUCCUUGGCCUUGUACGCGAGACUUCGUCGUAUUACCAGGGAGACAGAUAUGCAGAGGGCUCGGAGUGGGACAUGGUUGCUGCUGCUUUAUCACUCAUGAGGUGGUUGUCAGUGGGUAAGGUUUCUACUACCCAAAAGGUUUAUUAUAUGGCCAUUCACUAA